GCCGAAACAGUGAUUGGAAAUUUUCUGGUUCUCGAACGACGGCGGCACAUUUUCGACAUUUUCGAGUUUCUUUCGAUUUUCCAUCAAAAUCAGUUUAAUUUAUAACAAUUUUCUAUUGUUAGGGUUUGGGCAGCUGUAUGUCCCAACAAAGGUAAGUGAUUAACUGGUGAUUGUGACCAAACUAGCGAAAAAACUGGCUAAAAAUGGGAAUCGUCGGUCUGGUCACGUUUCUCACCCGAAUCGGUGGCUGCCGUGGGGUGAACAUUCUGGACGAGAUCCAAAAGUGCGACAAAAAGGAACCGCUCAUCGUGAUAGAUUUGCUCAAGGUGAUAUGUUCGCUGAGUGGUCCGAUGGAUGAGCAGAUAUACGGCUGCCGGAACCAGUUUGCCUGGACGUACGCGACCCAGUUCUGCGAUCGGAUGAUCGAGGCCGGUGCUCGGCUGGUGUUCUUCAUCGAUGGCAAGCUGCAGGAGGGUAAAUAUAAGCACUGGAUCCAACGGCAGGAGAAGGUCUACGCGGAAUGUUUGAAGAAGCUGGAAAACAUUCCGGCGGAGUUCCGAGGGAACAAUCGUGGAAACAUCCAGGGCAACGUGGUGAAACAUGCGUUCAUUGCGGCCCUGGUGGCCGCCGCCCGGAAGAAGGGAGUGCUCAUCACCACGUACGAUGUGGAAUGCGAUCGGGAAUUGGCCGCCUUCGCACGGAAACAUGACGCAUUGGCCAUCAUCACUGGGGAUUCGGAUUUUCUGAUCUACGAGGGCAACUUCCGGCUGUGGUCCACUUCGGAUUUGAAUUUGGAACUGAUGAGAACCGUAGAAUGGAAUCGGGAGGAGUUGCGUAAGGCGUUGAAGUUGGAGUGGACUCAUAUGCCGUUCUUCGCCGCGGUCGCCGGAAACGAUCAUUUCAAGAAUCGACCGUCCGGAGUGUGCACCUUUUACAAUGUGGCUCAGAAGGUACGGGAGAUGAACCUGAGGUACGGCUACACGAGGAUUUCUAUCGAAUUGUAUGACAAAAUUUUCCGGAAGCGUGAUGAAAAUUUUAAGAUUAGCUUCGAAGAAGCUGUCAAGCUGUAUGAUACGGACUACACGGUGCGGAAACCGGUUGUUCCGUCGGAGAUGCGCCACUACCCGAACUACGCCGUUUGCAUAAUCCGCGGUAUUCCGGGUUCGAUUCGCCUGCCCUGUUUGGACCUCCGAGAAGCGGAAUAUUCCCAAAUCGCCCUGCAAAUCUAUCGCCGUCAGGUGGGCGUUCUGUUCCGGCACCGGCCGGUCGUGUUCGGACAGCUGCUCACCUCGCCGGUGUUCAUCAAACCGAAUCACUACGAUACGUACAAGAUCAUAGCGACCACCCCGAUUACCCCUCCUCUGGCGGUAAAAGUUCCGCUGGCGGAACAACUGUACUCACUCGAUCCGCAAGUCUCGAAGAGCCUGCAAGAGGUCAAGUAUCGGCUGCUGACCUGGCUCGUAUCGGAUACGCUUACUUUCGAAGAAGUAUGCCACAUCAAUCCCAAGUAUCUGCUGGACGUGUUCACGCUGUACUUUUUGGUUGAGAGAAACCUUCUCGACAUAACCACAGCGGACAUCAUCCUGGUGACGAUCGACGACUGCAUCAAGAAUCUCAUUCCGCGCCAGAUUCCGCUGCAGCGUCCCCGCAAACCGAACGUAACGACCAGCUUCGUGUACACCAACUUCUACGCCAUGAUGUACUUCAAUGCGGAAACGGCCGGCAUGCGGCAGGAGCUGGACACCACGUUUCUGUGCAAAUUCGACGGAGUCUACUUCAACUUGAUUGUGGACCAUCUGCGGUUUGACCGAACGCUGCUGGCGUCCAAGCUGGAGUCGAUCGCGUCGUACCGGGUCUAUGCCAAGCUGGCCAAUCGCGGCGUCGUGAAGACUGAGGUAGGAGAGGGUUAUGGAGGGGGGAUGGUACCACCGAUAACGGUACAACCCACCAUCAAGGCGGAGCCGGAUUGGGACGUCAAACCGAAACUGUACGGGGAACCACCGAGGAAGAUCAGUCGGUGGAAUUAAGGUUUGAGUUGUUGAAACUGUUGAAUUUCUUUGAAAUUUCUUUGACUGUUGAAUUUUGCUUUGAACUUCGUAACGAUGUGGAAAUAUGCUGAAUAUAUCAUAUUUA